GGCGGGAGGAGAGGCGGCUCGGCUCCAGCUCCGGGCUCUUCUCCGCUCCACUCUGCCUCCGGCUCUGCGCUCACCUACUGCCCAAGCCUCCCGCUUCUGCCCCAGGAUCCCCAGGUGGGCCCUAGACCGCGGCGGUCCCCAGGCUCUUAGCCCAAGCGCGGACUCUCCAGCCCCCAGCCCCCGGCAGCGCACUACGCCGCCAGGGGGCGCCGUGUGAGUUCUCUAUCCCAGCCACCCGGCGCCCCCUCCCACGGCCCAGGUGGGGACGGGAGGGGGGCGCCGGGGGCCAUGCGGGGCCAGGGCCGUAAGGAGAGUUUGUCCGAUUCCCGAGACCUGGACGGAUCCUAUGACCAGCUCACGGGCCACCCUCCAGGGCCCACUAAAAAAGCGCUGAAGCAGCGGUUCCUCAAGCUGCUGCCUUGCUGCGGGCCCCAAGCCCUGCCCUCAGUCAGUGAAACAUUAGCCGCCCCAGCCUCCCUCCGCCCCCACAGACCCCGCCCGCUGGACCCAGACAGCGUGGAGGAUGAGUCUGAACUGUCCACCGUGUGUCACCGGCCCGAGGGUCUGCAGCAGCUGCAGGAGCAAACCAAGUUCACGCGCAAGGAGCUGCAGGUCCUGUACCGUGGUUUCAAAAACGAAUGUCCCAGCGGAAUUGUCAAUGAGGAGAACUUCAAGCAGAUUUACUCCCAGUUCUUUCCUCAAGGAGACUCCAGCACAUAUGCCACUUUUCUCUUCAAUGCCUUUGACACCAACCAUGAUGGCUCAGUCAGUUUUGAGGACUUUGUGGCUGGUUUGUCAGUGAUUCUUCGGGGAACCACAGAUGACAGGCUGAACUGGGCCUUCAACCUGUAUGACCUCAACAAGGAUGGCUGCAUCACCAAGGAGGAAAUGCUUGAUAUCAUGAAGUCCAUCUAUGACAUGAUGGGCAAGUAUACGUAUCCUGCACUCCGGGAGGAGGCCCCAAGGGAACACGUGGAGACCUUCUUCCAGAAGAUGGACAGGAACAAAGAUGGCGUGGUGACUAUUGAGGAAUUCAUUGAAUCUUGUCAAAAGGACGAGAACAUCAUGAGGUCCAUGCAGCUCUUUGACAAUGUCAUCUAGCUCCCCAGGAGAGGGGGUCAGUUGUCCUGGGGGGACCAUGCUCUAGCCCUAGUCCAGGUGGACCUCACCCUUCUCUUCCCAGGUCUGUCCUCAUCCUAGCUCUACCCUGGGGGCUAUAGGAGUCCAAGAGCCUGGGGAUUCAGUGGUCCAGAUUGCUGGAGCUGAGGGGGCUAGGAAGUGGGCAGAGUGUAUCUGUGGGGUGUUCCCAACUCCCAACAGCUCCCCCUUCCUGCCUGAAACUCAGUGCUGAGGGUGCCCCUGCUAUAGGAAUUGAGUGGUCCUUCCCCUUCCACCCCCACUUGAGAAACCACAACGCUAGACAAAAUGUCUCCUGCUAUGGUGCUUCCCCCAUCCCUGAUCUCAUAACCAUUUCCCCUAAGACUCCGUUAUCAGAAAGGCUGUUCUGUCCUUGGCACUGACUGGUCUUUCAGACCAGGGCCUUUGAGAGCCCUGUAGGAGGUGGACAGGAAUGUAGAGGGAGUAAUCUUGGGCCUGAGCCAGUGCUUAGGUCCUAGGAGGUAGCUGGGGUAGAGAACAGAAGGGCCUGGGGAUUAUCAGUGAGAGCAUGCCAGGCUAUAGCUUUGAGCUCUACAGGUCUGCCAUUCCAAGCUGUCAGAAUAUGAAUUUCCAGGCUCUUCAGAAGACCUUGUUUCCUUGGAAAUACCCCAGAAAAUUUCCAAGUAUCCCAGGAGAGUCUGAGAUCCUGGUGUUUGGCUCAUCCCUGGAAUUCCCUCCUCUCCUCCCUUCCUGUUUGUGUAGUGGUGGUGGCAGCAGGGGGAAGAUAGGUGGGAGCUGUCUUGGCUGAUACCUGCCGAAGUUUCAGCCUACCCUCUCUGAUGGCUACAGCUUAAGUUUUCAUCUGCCAUUUCCUCUAGACUUGGAGGCACAGAGUAAGUCAGGGACCACACAGUGGAUGCCUUAGAAGAAAAAGGAAGGAAGGAAGCAGGCAUAGAUUUGAACCCAGUGUGGGGGCAUUUAUUAGACUCUGUGAUAUACCCAGGCUCUAUUCCUGCCCCCCGAUAUAGCCUCCUCAUUGCCCACCCAGAGUCUCCUCUUGCUCUAUUCAAUCUACCCAGAGAUGCCCCUGAGCAUACCUUGAAGGCAGGGACCAUAGGACCCAGGUCCCACCUCACUGUCAGCGCCGCUGCCGUGCCGCCACCCCUUAAUAUAUCUGCUUGUCCCAUUUAGCUCACUCUCCCAGUCAGCUGUGAUCUGAGGGGGAGGGUCCCCAGGGAGCCCCCUUUCCUAUCAGAACACUGUUGACUGCUUUGCAUUUUUGGUUCCUCUGUAAUUUUUGUAAAAUAAGAAGUACACCAGAUCCAAUAAAACACAAUGGCUAUGCACAG